AUGGAAGAUUUGAAAGUUCUUUCUGUUUCUCGUAGUGAAAAUGGAAAUUUGUUAGCAGUUGGAACCACUUAUGGAUUUAUAGUGUUUUCAAUUAAAAAUGGAGAAUUUACUAAACGAUUUCAUAGAACGUUUAGAAAAGGUAUAAGUGUAAUUAGUGUUCUUGAAGAAACAAACAUUGUUGCAUUUGUUGGUGGAGGACAAACUCCUUAUGCACCAAAAAAUACAUUAAUAGUUUGGGAUGAUAAAGAAGGAAAAGAAGUAAUGAGGAAAGAAUGUGAAAACGAUAUUACUGGUAUUAAAAUUACAAGAAAUUAUCUGUUUAUCGUUUUUGAAAAUAUGGUUUCUAUAAUGGACUUAUCAAGUAAAACAAUUACUAAUAUUGAUACUGACUUUAAUCCUAAAGGUAUUUUAUCAUUUCAUUCAGCUACUAAUCAAUUAUUUAUUCCUUCAAAAACUGUUGGAGAAGUAAAAGUCUAUCAGUUAGGUGCUCAACCAGUUAUUAAUUCAUUAAAAUGUCACAAACAUCAAAUAACAAAUUUAAUUAUAAAUAAUUCAGCAACAGUAAUGGCAUCAUCAAGUGCAGAGGGUAUAAUCAUUAGACUAUGGGAAGUAAAAAGUGGAAUGAAAAUGAAAGAAUUUCAAAGAGGAAGUAAUCCUGCAGAAAUUAUCAAUUUGUCAAUAAAUAAUGAACAACAAUAUUUAAUGAGUUAUUGUAGUGAUUAUGAAAUAAGUAUUUUUGAAAUGAAUGGGAAAGUUAAAGGGAAAUCGAAGUGGUAUACUGGAGGAGAACAAGCGUUAGCAAGUAUUAAAGUAGAGAGUACAAGUAUAAAUGCAUUUUUUAUAAGAAAAGAUGAGAUAGUAGUAAUUGAUGGAAGAGGAAUAUAUCAAAGAUAUUUUAUCAAAGAAGUAGAUAUGUCUAAAAUAAAAAUUGAAGGAGAAGGAAAGAUAGAAACACUAUUUGGAGUGAAAGUUGAAGAAAUAAGUUAA